UGGCGGCCGUUGAAAAUGUUCUAUUCGUCAGUGUUGGACAACCAGCGCCAGUCUGGCGAUGUCUUUUCUCCAAGGAAGAGUGUUGUUGGCAUGAUUCCCACUCGAUUAGAUUGUUUUUACAAGUUCGCUUUAGCGUUAGUCGUUUUAACUGAGUGCAGUUCAAAUGACGUUGGUUAUGUAACAGCUCGCGUACUACUCAAAAGUUGGCGGAGGAAAGCGGAAGAACAACGCGCAAAUUUUUUCAAUCGUCUACCGAAAAAUGUGGAAUCCUCGUACACGACACCCGAAGUGAUAAAAAAUCGAGGCUACCCGGUGGAAACUCGUCAUGUGGCCACAGACGAUGGAUACAUUUUAGAGCUUCAUCGCAUCCCACCACAAUCAUCGACAGGCCCUAAGAGUGUCGUGCUCUUAAUGCACGGUGUGCUAGAAUCUUCCGGCACUUGGCUCGUCAAUCCUUCCAGUCGUUCCCUCGCGAUGCUGCUGGCAUCUCAGUCGUACGACGUAUGGCUCGGUAAUUUCCGGGGCAACAGGUACGCAAGAAAACAUGUUAGCCUAAAUCCCAAAAGAGCCCAGUUUUGGAAAUUUAGUUGGGACGAAAUCGGGGAUCACGAUAUUCCAGCCAUCAUCAAUUACAUAUUAAAAGAAACUGGACGAUCGAAGUUGUCUUACAUUGGACAUUCGUUAGGAUGUGGAGUGUUUUUCAUCGCCAUGAUCAAACACCCGGAACUCAACGCAAAAAUUGAUGCCAUGGUUGGCCUAGCGCCCUUAUCGUCCUUUGCACAUUUCACCACUGCACUAUUUCGCAUCUUGGCUCCGUUUGGUAAACUUUUUGAGGCUAUUCUCAAGUCGAUUGGAACUUGGGGAUGGCUUGAUAGCCAAGGUAUCCCCGAUAUUUUGUACGACCUCAUUUGUGAACAAACGUAUCACCAAGCGCGAUUUUGCAGACACUUGUUCAAUGCAAUUGCAGGACCGAACCCGGAUAAUCUCGAUUUAGAUUUAAUACCGUUAAUGGGGUCCAAUUAUUUGAUGGGAACUUCAGUACCUGUUAUAGCCCAAUUUGCGCAAAAUUAUGCUGCAGGCGAAAUAUUUCAGGCUUACGAUUACGGAUGGAAAGGUAACCUCAUGCGAUACGGAUCAACCAAACCGUUGAAAUAUGACCUAAGAAAGGUUACGGCUCCGGUGUAUGUCUUCUCAGGAGGAAAUGACCGUAUAGUAACCCCAUUGGACGUAGAUUGGCUUCUGACGCAACUCGGAAACCUUAAGGCUUCUACACGUAUUAGCAAUUAUAACCACUUUGAUUUCCUAUGGGGAACAGAUGUCAAAGACAGGCUGUAUGACCAAGUCAUUGCCCUUUUACCUCCACCAUAACUUACAAAACCAUUCAGGAUAGAGUAAAUGGUUUCAUUAUGAACAUUGUCUUAUUUUCUUAAUAUAACUUAGUUAGCCUAUUUAAUGUUGGUUUUAAUUAAAAAAACAGUAUCCUUUUGAA